AAUGGCUUUCGGUGCUCCAAGAGGUAGAGGUUCUGACAGAGGUGGCCGUGGUGGUGGCCGUGGUGGAUUCGGUGGCCGUGGUGGUGCCAGAGGUGGUGGCCGUGGUGGAUUCGGUGGCCGUGGUGGUGCCAGAGGUGGUGCUCGUGGUGGUGCUCGUGGUGGUGCCAGAGGUGGUGCUCGCGGUGGUGCCAGAGGUGGCCGUGGUGGUGCCAGAGGUGGUGCCAGAGGUGGUGCUAAAGUUGUCAUUGAACCUCAUAGACAUGCUGGUGUCUUCAUUGCCAGAGGUAAAGAAGAUUUAUUAGUUACCAGAAACACUGCUCCAGGUGAAUCAGUCUACGGUGAAAAAAGAAUCUCUGUUGAAGAACCUGCUCAAGAAGAAGGUGCUGCUCCAACCAAGAUUGAAUACCGUGUUUGGAAUCCUUUCAGAUCUAAAUUGGCUGCUGGUAUUAUGGGUGGUAUUGAUGAAUUAGGUAUUGCUCCAGGUAAAAAAGUUUUAUAUUUGGGUGCUGCUUCCGGUACUUCAGUUUCUCACGUUGCUGAUGUUGUUGGUCCAGAAGGUUUAGUUUAUGCUGUUGAAUUCUCUCAUAGACCAGGUAGAGAAUUAAUUGGUAUGGCUAAAAAGAGACCAAAUGUCAUUCCAAUCAUUGAUGAUGCUCGUCAUCCUCAAAAAUACCGUAUGUUGAUUGGUAUGGUUGAUGCUGUCUUUGCCGAUGUUGCUCAACCAGAUCAAGCUCGUAUUAUUGCCUUAAACUCUCAUAUGUUCUUAAAAGAUCAAGGUACCGUUGUUAUCUCCAUUAAGGCUAACUGUAUUGAUUCUACCGUUGACGCUGAAACCGUUUUCGCAAGAGAAGUUCAAAAAUUAAGAGAAGAAAGAAUUAAACCUUUAGAACAAUUAACUUUAGAACCUUAUGAAAGAGAUCAUUGUAUUGUUGUUGGUCGUUAUGUCAGAAGUGGUUUGAAAAAAUAAUCCCUUCGAUCCCCAAUUAACUCUCCCCAUAGCAUUUUUACAAACUCUCAAAGCAUCUCUAGCUACUAAGACUGUUCUUACUCAUUAAAAUU